AUGUGCACCUCCUCCAGACCUCCUCCAGACCUCCUCCAGACCUCCUCCAGACCUCCUCGUAGCGCAGUGGGGCACACGAUGAAGCGCUCCUCCUCCUCAUCAUCACUCUCCACUAGACACCUCUGUGUCCGUCCAGCCGUGCUCAGCCUCCGGGCUCCACCUGAGGAGGCUCCUCCGAGCAGACGAUGGGACGGAGGAGUGUCCCGAGUUAAUGUAGUGUUUAUUUUUCAUUAUGAGAGGGGACAGGCGCAGACAUGA